AUGCAUAAUAUGGACACCGAAUUCAUAAGCGGAGUUGUUGUCUCCUACACCAAGCUUCUAAGAGAGAUAAGCAAUAUGAAGAAGGAAAUCAAAGAGGUUUUGGGAACUGCCCAGGCUGUUUUAUCACUUAUAAGCGCAUGCCAUUCCACAGAAGCAUCUUGCAGAUCUUCCGGUUGUAGAUGUUCACACAGCCUAGCAGAAGCUGGAGAGAAAAUAGGCUUAGGAUCCUACAAAAGAACACUUAAGAGCCCCAAGAAGCCUCUAACAGGGAAGAAAGAACCCAGUCGUCGCAAAGGGACAGGUAAGAAUAGUUCAUUAAUAACAGACAGCCAUCCUAGUUUCUUUGAGGAGGUUGGAGGUGAGGUAUGCAGCCCACAGAAAGAAGGGGAUUCAUCUUGUUGA